GAUUUUUAAGCGUAAAGGUUGAGGCAUUUGAACGAUUGGCUUCUUUGUGACACUGUCUAUACUUUUCAAAUUCCUGCACUGAGAGAAUAUAUUGAAAAGCAAAGUUAUUAUCAGCAAGAAAUCAUAGAGCCCUCACGAACGUGCGUCUGUGGAAGAGCUUGGAUCUCAUCUCAGAAAUUCACCAGCGACCUUACGAAAGUGAAUGAGAAGUACAAUUAAAAUGACUCUAUACUUUUGGUCAAAUUUAAUAGUAACUUUUUUGUUGAUUUCAACAUUAGAAGUUUCUUCCCAGCAGGAUGGACAAAUGGAAAACAAAAAAGUCGUCUGCUAUUACACAAAUUGGAGUUCGUACCGGCCUGGGGAAUUGGCAUUUUUUCCGAAGGACAUAAAUCCUUCGUUGUGCACCCAUUUGAUUUAUGCGUUUCUUACGUUCAAGGAGGAUUUGGGCGGCCUUGCUGCGUUCGAUUCUUUUCAGGAUAUCGACAGAAAAGGCUUCCAACAGUUCGCCGAUCUCAAAUCGAUGAACAAAGACUUGAAACUUCUCGCGGCCAUCGGCGGUUGGAGAGAGGGUUCCAAGCGGUUUUCGGCCAUCGCCAGAUCGGAAGAGAGCCGCAGGACGUUCGCCAAGGGGGUGAUACAGUUUUUGAGACAAUACAAUUUCGAAGGGAUAAACAUCGACUGGCAGUAUCCGGCAUUUAGAGAAGGUUCGAUUGAUAAAGACAGAAACAAUUUUGUCGAGCUUCUCAAGACGCUGAAAGAUGAAUUUGACGCUGAGAAUACGACCCUAGAUAAACUCUUGUUGACUACUUCUGCCCCACAAAACACAGAAUACAUAGAAAAAGGUUUUGACCUUCCAGAAAUACAAAAGUAUGUCGAAUUCAUAACCAUAGUGUGCUACGAUUACCACCUUUCAACGGAUCUCGUCGUCAAUCACCAUUCUCCCCUUUAUGCACUACCUCAAGAAGUUGGCGAUGAAGCCAAAUUGAAUGUGGACUGGACCGUCAGAUUUAUCAUAGAACAUGGAGUCGCACGAGAGAAAAUCGUCCUUGGCAUUCCAGCGUACGGGAGGACGUUUACUCUGAUGGACGAAAAUAUGCAUCAAAUCGGUUCGCCGUCCGACGGCGAGGGGCCAGAAGGUGUUUCGACUAGGGAAAUUGGCUAUAAGGCUUUCUACGAGAUCUGUCAAGACAUAAUAAAAGAGGGCUGGCAGGUGGUGCACGUCAACAGAACCGCCUUGGGUCCUUAUGCACACAAAGGUAAAAAUUGGGUUAGCUUUGACGAUGAAGACAGCGCCAGAAGAAAGGGCGAGUACGCUAGAGAACAAAACCUCGGCGGCAUCAUGUUUUGGUCUAUUGACGAUGACGACUACACCGGGAGAUGCGGUGAUAGAAAAUACCCUUUGAUCCAAUCGGCAAAAGAAGGGUUUUAUUCCUUUUCUGCUUCGAUGACUACCGAGGACACUACGACGACGAGUUCGACUCCGAUGCCCACUCGGGCCACUCGCCCAGUCCAAAUGACGACCGACCAAACCGUCACUCCGAGAUUACGUUCCGUAAGUGCUGAUACGCUGUCAGCAGGUGAAGACGGAAUAAUCGAAAACAGACCUUUCCUCAAUUCACCGCCCUCCGGUUCCCAUACUGUUUCCAGGGAAUUCAAGGACCACGGAAAUACCUUUUAUCAAUCGAUUUCUAUUUGGAUAACCAACAAUGUUUUCCACCUGGGCUAAUUGUGUGUGACCAAAAGACCAUUUAACCUGCCAUAUUUUUCUAAACGCUUCGUAAGUGUGUCAUUCGAACAAGACCACCGGUGAUGACAUUGGCGCAAGUUUACAUUUGUCCGGCGCUGCAAUUUGUCAAAUAAGGACUGUAAUAUGUAUUUUAAUUAGUUACUAAAGUAGUUAUUAAUAAUGUCUUCUAUAGCGAAAUAUAGUUGAAAGUGUGUUCUUUUUGGAUAUUUAUCAUAGAAAAAGUUGUUUUUCUUUCUUUUUUUCAUCCUCCUGGGAGGUGUGUUUCCUUUACAACCUCGAUCCGUUUGUUCGAUAAAACGCUUAAUCCUGAUUGCCAAUUUGGUGUCUACAUCUGCAAACAAGAACCGAAGAGUCGAGAAACUGAGAUAGGAAUGAACUCAUUUUUUUAUGAGAUUUUAUUACAGGAGUCGUCGUCUGUGUUAAAAGGUGCAUUAAUCGACGGAAAUACGAAUCGGUUUGUUGAUACCGGCGUUUGCAGGAGGAAGUAGGGAGGCACGAUUGCGGAUCGAAGGUGGAAGGGACGCGUGAACGCGGUGUCCGCUUACAUUUGAUAACUGU